AUGACCUACCCCACCGCACACACCACCGAAAUCACCAACCCCCGGCUCCGGCUCCUCAACAAGCUCCGAGCCGGGACCUACCCCCUCAUGACCUUCAUGGCGCUGCCCUCGGUCCGCAUGGCGCAAAUCAUCGCCCUGACGGGCGUCGACGGAAUCAUCAUCGACUGCGAACACGGCCACAUCAGCGACGACGCAAUGCACAACUCCGUCGCGGCCAUCUCCUCCCUCGGCGUCUCCCCGAUCAUCCGCAUCCGCGGCCCCAGCCACGACAUCAUCAAAUGCGCCCUCGACACGGGCGCCCACGGCAUCAUGGUCCCGCAGAUCAACACCGCCGAGGAAGCCGCCCAAGUCGUGGCCUCCUCCAAGUUCCCCCCGCAAGGCGUGCGCGGACAAGGAUCGGCGUUCCCGGCCAUCGGCCAUGCCCUAACCACGCCCGAGUAUAUGCUCGCGGCGAACGAGACCAUCGUGACGAUGGUGCAGAUUGAGACCCGCGCGGGGGUGGAGAAUGUCGAGGCGAUCUGUGCCGUGCCGGGCGUGGAUUUGGUGUUUAUUGGACCGAAUGAUUUGGCGCAGUCGUUGUUGGGGUAUGUGCCGGCCAGGGGGGAUGAGCCGGAGUUUGUGGCGGCCGUGGAGAAGAUUGUCGCGGCGGCGAGGAGGCAUGGGAAGUGGGCGGGGAGGAUGGUCAAUAAUGGGAGUUUGGCCAAGGAGGCGAGGCCCACGUAUGAUACGGUGGCGAUUACGGGGGAUACGAAGGCGAUUCAGAAUUGGUAUAUUGCGGAGUUUGAGACGGCGAGGUCGUGA